CGCAUCUUCCAACAUGAAUCGCUCCACAGCCUUGUUAUGCCAACCGACGAGGCCACUACUGAUGAGGCAGACGCCAUGAUAGCCUCGAUAACUGCCGACCUCUUUGCCGUAGCCCAGAACUACAGCCACGAACACAGACUAGUAGGUGACUACCUACGCAGCAAACAUAUCGAUGAUCCCGCCGAGCUCUGCACCGCGAUUCAGCGGCUAUUCCAGCGCAUCCUUGAUGGCAUCAAAAGUCCAACAACAAGCAUCACUGCCAGAGCCCCUGUCCAAAAGAGUCUGGUGGAUAGCAGCCGGUUCUCGCAAGUCGAUGUAGUGCUGAUGACACCGCAUGAUUUCGACCAUGCGGGUCCGCGAGUGUAUCCAAGCAAUGUGGCACCUGGGUCGGGUGAUGUCUUCAGCACCGAUGUUUUUGCACCAGUCCGCAUAGUCUGCACAUCUGAUGAAGAUGGAUAUCGAUUUGGGCAUUUACGAAAGUUCGUCGAGUUUUUCGUGUACUGGGCCAUGUGCGAUACAAGUUUGCUCGGGUAUGAUACAACAAUGAGGUACCUUGCGGGAGUCGACUGUUGGGAAAUCGAGUGCCAGCAGGACGUUUGGCCACAUGACAGCGAGUCUACCUCGCUUGCGCCAGGUCUGCCCAUCGCAUUCUACGCUAGAGCGCCCAUGUUGCACAACAUGUCGCGACUGUACGGCCGCCACACGCGCUGCUUCCAGGCAUCGACCACUGUGUUUGGCAAGUACAGAUUCGUCAUCAAAGAUACAUGGGCACUGGCACCGGAAAGCUACGAAGGCGACACGUACCUCCACGAAGCCUUUGCCCUCAAGCAGGUUACCGAGUCCCGUUCCAUUCCGGACAGCAGUGGGCGACCGAAGCACCUGCCACAGGAACCACAUGUCGGGUCGCUGAAAUUCAAGCGGUACCAUCAGCGCAUUGUAACAACGCCGGCGGCAAUGCCAGUGGAAAUGCUCAAGAGCAAGAAGGACUUCUUGUCAGGUGCCGCCGACGCUCUGAAUAUCCACCAGAUGAUGGAGGAGCACUGCCGCCUUAUCCACGGGAGCAUGCUGCCCUCGAACAUGGUCUUUUACAGAUUACCCAGUGGCAUGAUGAGUGGGUUUCCGGUUGACCUGGCGCUGGCAGUUGACAUGGAGCCAAGAAGAGACAAGUGGCCAAGGGUAGUCGAUAGCACUGGCUCGCAGUGUCGGCUAGCAGGUGAUCGCAGCAAGGUACAUGUGCCGUCGCAAGUCCCAAGAGGGACGUUAAACUGCAAUAGCUUCAGGCAGCAAGUACUUUGA